ACUGUAAUUAUCAUCAUAUUCACUAUCUUUUUUCCUUUUUUUUGGUAUCAAAAUGCGUGUGAACUUCCAACAGUUUGUCCUUGUUUUCCUCCCCCUUGUAGUCUCAAACUUUCAUAGAACUCCAUAAGCAUCUUUGAUUUAAUCCUUGCUUCUAUUUCCAGAAAUUGUUGAACUCACUCUUCUACAAUCAAAACCAGGUAUGGGUAAUAUCUUCUCAAUCUCACUUUCCCUCGAUCCCAUCAUUACCCGUUGCUGGGAUUGUGCUACUGGACAAGCAAGUUAUAUAUGCCACCUCGAAGAUAACCUCCAGGCUUUAAAAAAUGAAGUGGAAGAAUUGAAGGCUAUCAGGAGGGAUCUGAUGAGCAGGGUCAGGGUCGCUGAGGAUGAGCAGCAGCUUAAGCGCCUAAACCAAGUUGAGGGUUAGCUUUCGAGGGCUGAAACUCUGAUAAACGAUGCUGAUCAACUGAUUGUCCAAAGUCCUCAGCAUGUUGAAAAUCUAUGUAUGGGAGGUUGUUGCUCCACUCAUCCUAGGUCCAGCAUCAAGUUCGGGAAGAAAAUUGCCAAAAAACUCCUAGAGGUUAAAAACCAGAAGGAGAAUGGAGAUUUCAGUGAUGUGGCCAGCAAGCCACCACUUCCUUCAGCAACUGAAAGACCUAGUGAGCCAACUGUGGGUUUAGAGUCCAAUUUCAACAAGGUCUGGAGCUGUCUUCAAAAGGAACAAGUGGGAAUUAUUGGCAUUUAUGACUUAGGAGGGGUUGGCAAGACAAGCCUCCUAAACCAAAUCAAUAACAAAUUCCAUGAUACUACCCAUGAUUACCAUGUCAUUUGGGCAGUUGCAUCACAAAAUCGGCCAAUUGAGAGAGUCCAGGAUCAAAUUGCCGAAAGAAUAGGCCUUUCUAAUGAAGGCUGGAAAUCUAAGAGCCUUGAUGAGAAAGCUGAAGGCAUCUUCCAGGUAUUAUGUAAAAAGAAGUUUGCAUUGUUGUUGGAUGAUAUAUGGGAAUGGUUUGAUCUCACAAGAGCUGGGGUACCUCUUCCACCAAAAGAAAAUGGCUCUAAAGUCAUUUUCACAACUCGUCGUCGUGAUGUGUGCUGUCAAAUGCAACCGAACAUGGAUAAUAAUAUCAGAGUGGAAUGUUUACCACCAGGAGAAGCUUUCAAACUGUUCGAGGAGAAGGUUGGAUCAGAAACCCUUCGAAUGCAUCCAAAAAUUUGCAAGUUAGCUGAAGCGGCGGUUGAAGAGUGUGCAGGGCUACCUCUUGCUCUCAUUACAAUUGGGCGAGCCAUGGCAUCCAAGAAGACCCCUCGAGAAUGGGAAUAUGCUACAGAAGUUUUAAGGCAAUCAGCAGCCUCCGUGUUGCCAGGGGUAGGGAAAGAGAUGUAUCCCAAGUUAAGAUUCAGUUAUGACUGUUUACCUGAUGAAAGGUUCAGAUCUUGUUUCUUGUAUUGCUCUUUAUAUCCAGAAGAUUUUCUCAUCAAUGAAGACGAACUAAUAGAUUGUUGGAUCGGGGAAAGACUUUUGGACGAGCAUGCCAAUUUGAGCAAUUCCAGAAACCAGGGACAUUUCAUUAUAGGUUCUCUUAUUGAUGCAUGCUUAUUGGAGAAAGGACAAUAUAAUGAUAGGGUAAAGAUGCACGAUGUGAUUCGCGACAUGGCUUUGUGGAUUGCUGGUGAAUCUGAGAACGAGAGGUUUUUUGUAAAAUCAGGUGUUCAGUUAAAGGAACAACCGAAAGCUAAAAAGUGGGAAGAGGUAACAAGAAUGUCGCUGAUGGAGAAUCAAAUUGAAAAUCUAACUGAGAUAUUGGAAUGUCCCAAUCUCCAAACUUUGUUUCUUGGCAGGAAUGAUUUUAAGGUAAUCAUGGAUGAUUUCUUUAAUUUCAUGCCGAUGCUAAGGGUUCUGGACUUGUCUGAAAAUAUGAAUUUGGAAGAAUUGCCAGUAGGAAUUGCAAAGUUGGUUUCACUAGAACAUCUCAAUUUGUCAGGGAGAGGAAUAAAAAAGUUGCCAGUCGAAAUGAAGGCCCUAGCAAAGCUGAAAUAUUUGAAUCUGGAGGGGACAGGGGAUCUAAAAAUGAUCCCACAACAAUUGAUAUCCAGUUUCUCCAAGUUGCAAGUACUGAAAAUGGAGGGAUGUGGCUAUGGAUGUUCAUUGGUUUUAGAGGAAAUGGAGCAUUUAAAAUAUUUGAAUGUGUUGACUCUUACUUUCGGAGUUUCAAGAUCAUUGAAUCUUAUGGCUUUAGCAAAACUGCAGCAUCUAUGUACUUUCAGCCUCUGGUAUUGUAUGGAUCUAGAGGAAGUGAAGAUCGAACGUAACAUAAUUGAAGGUGCAGGAUGCUUCCAUAGCCUUCGAUAUGUAACCGUAGGCGGAUGCAAUCAUUUGAGGGAUGUGAGUUGGGCAACUUUUGCUCCACAUUUGGAAGAUCUAUGGAUACUUGGAUGCAGUAGUUUAGAAGAAAUCAUCAGUGAAGAAAAACUUGGUGAAGUCGCUGAGCUAAAAGGAAAUUCUAACUUAUUUUCUAAGCUUGAGCGUUUGAUGCUACAUCGUGUGCACAAAUUAAGCACAAUAUAUUGCCAUGCUCUGCCUUUCCCACAGCUGAAGCAAGUAUACAUUAGAGGAUGCCCAAUGUUAAAGAAGCUGCCACUAAACUCCAAUAGUGCAAAAGGACAGAGGCUCAUCAUUGAAGGAGAGGAGGGAUGGUGGAAAGAUGUAGAAUGGGAGGAUGAAUCCACUCAAACUGCUUUUCUCCCCUCUUUCAAACCUCUUAUAUCGUAAGAAAUGUUGGAUACCAAUUAAGGGUUAAAACCAUUAUUGUAUCAUGUGUCAUUGCAAGUUCUAUUUUGCUUAUCCCUGAAUUACAUGUAGUAUGAUAUUUUGAUUUACACUAUGAGGUUUUCCUGUAUAUAAAAUAAAAUGGUUGAAUUUGAGAAUA